GAGGAAGUUACAAUGAUUGUGUCAUGGUUACUAAAUAUAAGUCAUACUAGUACAAUCAAUGCCUUCGAUACGGACGGAUGUUUCUGACUUUUUUAUUUUUUGGAAUUUUUGAUUGAUGAAACUAGCCUUUCGAGGAUUACCCACAAGAUGGCGGAGUGGCGUGCUAGUGAAGAAAGCAGUAACGGAUAUUCUUCACGAGCCGAGGGACAGUGGAUGAAUAAUGGCCAUUCUGGCUCGUCCAGGCAGACUAGGUCCAGUGACGGGGAUGGUUCACAGAGCUUGGAUCUGUCAAAAAUCUGCAGAGACGAGGAAGACAUGCAGCUACUGGCACGUUUGCUGAAAUGCGGAAAAGGAAAGAAAGUGGUAUCCGAACUGGAAGAGAGAUACGACUGUAAAAUCCACAUCAAGUUCAGGACGACUCCCAAGAGGCGCUUUGGGCGGAGGCGUUCCCAAACCCCCCGACAGGACCAGAGUCAGACUCAGGUGGUUCCUAUGUCGGCAUCUCCAUUUCCAUUGAGACUUCUGAAAAGAAUGUCCGAACCGUCUGCCCCAGCGUAUAAGUCGACGUCAUCCACUAUUCAGAACACAGAGGUCACGGUCAAACAGGGUGACAUCACCAAGGAAACGGCGGAUGUUAUAGUGAAUGUAGUGGGGCCAGAUCUGGAUUUUCAGAAAAGUGUCAUUUCCAAAUUUAUCUGCAAGGCUGGGGGAAGUGCUCUAGUAAAGGCUCUUAAGGGCGUAAAAUCACGACAGAAAGGUGUCAGCGUCAUCACAACAGUUGGCGGAAACCUUAAAUGCAAGUUCGUGUACACGGUCGUACUCCAACCCUGGACAGACAUGAUGGCACAAAAGGGAUUUCCACAGAUAGUGGAAGAGUGCUUCCAGAUGUGUAUUCAGGGUGGAAUGACGUCUAUAUCUCUACCCAUGUUAGGAUGUGGGAGAAUGUUACAAUAUCCAGUCAAAACCACAGCUGAAACAAUGAUGCAGACGGCUUGCAAAGCCAUUUCAACAGGUCAACUCAAACAGGUAACCUUUGUUGCGUACAGUCCUUCCGAAUACGAUGCUUUGACGCAUGUGCUUCGUCAAACAAACAGCGGUGCCUCUUGUGGCUCAGCAGCCUCAUCUAAUGCUGAUGAUUCCGAUGAUGACGGCGAUGCGAUAAGUUGUUCUAUAUCUGUGUCACUACUCACCAAAACGAGGCAAGACGUUGUCGGCAAGGUUCUCUCCGGACUCGACGACAGACUCCUAUGCACAGAACACAUAACAAAUCCAGAAAACAAGUGUCUGCCUCUAAGAAUGAAGGGACGCAUUCACGAAACGGCGUCCAAAAGAGGCCAAAGACACAUACGCCUGGAAAUCGAUCAAAAGUCGGGUAACAUCGACUUAAAAGGGGAAAGAGACCACGUCAAGGCCUGCAAGAGAGAAAUCAUCACCAUGCUGAUUGGCACGGUAAAUACCUCGGACAAACUGAAGUGCUCGCCGGAGUUCUGGGCCAGCCUUGCUCACGAAUUCACGCAGUCGCCUCCAUAUUGGACUCACUUUCCGAAGUGCCGCCCUUUGCCCGAGGUGUUCCGACUAUAUCAGGUCAAUCGUAAACCUGUAGUGGUGCCCGUGGACAGCAUCACUGACGCGGCCGUACGGAGCCUCGUUUACGGCACCUGGGACAAGCAAGCCGUCGGUCAGGGUCGCGACGCGGUGGGACUGAGCCAUUCCUCUAUCAAAAUUUACAGUGUAGAACGGAUCGAAAACCUGGAACUAUUCGCUAAAUAUGCCAUCAAACGGCAGGAGUUCUUCCGCGCUUUGGCAGACGACGGAACAUACGAAUUCCCGCGCCUUGAGGAUCUUCCAUUCCCAAAUAAAGGGCCAAUUCAGACGCACGCCAAAUUAACAACCCCGCUCAAGGAAGAAAUUUUCCCGGAAAUUAACGAACAUUACAUGUUUCAUGGUACUAAGCCAGAUGUUUUACAAACCAUCAUUCAUCAAGGACUAGACUUUAGAAUGAGUAGUGCAAAUGCCAUGUUCGGAAUGGGGAUUUACGGGGCCGAGAGUUCGACGAAAGCCGAUCAGUAUGUGGAUUCUAAAACCGACCGAACUCCUGGCAAGAAAAGAAUGCUUUUGAUGCGGAUGCUCAUUGGCAAAUCAUACCUAUGCUUGGACUCGAACCCCAAGAAGUACAGAAGACCCCCCUGUACCAGUUCCGGUUGCAUGCGCGACAACUGUGUCGAUAUGCACGACCGAUUCGACAGCGUUGUUGGUGACGGACCGUGGCUGUUCCGGGAAUUCGUCGUGUAUGCCGUGGACCAAUGUUACCCCGAGUAUAUUAUCACGUAUGAGCGAGUGUAAUUUGUGCGUUCCCUCCCUACCAAAAACUUUAUAAAAUCCCUUAUGUGAAUGACAUAAAUCUAUACCUCCAUAUCGUGAUAAACUUUCUUUCGAAAUACAUGUGAUAUAAAAGUAUAACAUGUAAAUACAUGUACAUAUAAUUGAUAUAUUCCUUUAAGGUCAGACGACACGUUCCUCAAUUUUAUAUAACCUUUUUCAGGAAUUUUUUGCUAUUAACUACUAUUUUGACAAACUUUCUUGCAAAUAAUUAGGGUGCAUUAUUAGGCAUUGGUGCAAAAUACUAGAGUAUGAAAUGUCCUAUUUAAUCUUAUUGAAAAUGCACUUGAACUGCUGAUAUAAUUUUUUUGGCAUAAAUAUGUAUAUUUUAAUAUUUUAAAAGUGAUGAUAAAUAACAAUUAUUUUAUUUGGUAUAUUAUCAGGCGUUGAAAUUUGAAAAAUAAUUAUCAUUUUUCGAGGAACGUGUCAUCCGACCUUAACAAUUUAGAUGACAAACGCUAUAAUGUUUAGCAUACUAUUUAUUAGGUAACUGAAAUGCAAGUCCCGAUUUCAAAACUGCUUAGAAUUCUACAUUCUUUUCCUUUUUAAAGAUUUUUAAAAUGCAUUUUACGGAGAAUAUUGUUCAAUUUGAAAAUUUUAAAACGGUGACGAAAUUUUCAUUAUGAUGUACAUGUACUUCCAGCCACAUUUCUUUGUAUAAGUCUCAAUGUAGCCCAUUAACCCAUUAAUCUGGUUACUGAAAACCUGUACGUUUUAUCAUCCAAUGGGUGCAAGAACAAAACGUGACGUCAGGUACUUAAAAUUUAAUCAGCAACAUCAGGAAGAGAAACGUUUCCUUAUAACAUACAAGAACUCAAUAUAUUAUAUCAUGAACCCAACAUCAAUUACAAAGAUGGUGUAAUCUGGAAUUUAAAAAAAAAAGUACACUUAAUUGUAAAAAUAGUACUUUCCUGCAAAAUGGAAAAUAAAAACAACUUUUGCAUUUAAAUUAAUUGACAUAGGAUAUCACUCAUGACAGCAAAACUUCCACACAUAAAUUUGUGGGUUUUGUUGCCAAGUUAACGGAUUCAUAUAUAUGGGAUUUCAGCAAGCUUUGGAGUAUUAUAAAUAAUAAUAAAUACUAGACAAGACAUUUAGUAAUUUUUCUUAUGACAGCACAUUUACUAAAAUAUUUCCUCUUGCUUAUAUCUAUCAAAUAUCACUAGAGGUAUGCUGAAAUAAUUUACACUGGUGUAUAUGAUAAAUGGAACAUUCACAUCAUAAUCAUGGAUUUUUGCAAUGCAAUAUUCAUGUACAUCAUCUUUUUGUUGUAAAAUAAAAAAAAAUCUUGACAAUUUCGUACACGUAUAAAAGCCUUCAAGAAGAUCUCUCCGACUUAAUGGCUGAGUAUUAAAUAUUCUAGAAAUAUAGAAGCCUGCAGAUCUAAUUUUUUUCUUGGAUAGCCUGUCCUGCCACUUACAUCUCACGCACACCAACUGACUUGUACAAAGCCAGGGACUAUACAUAUAGGUAAUGGAGGGUGCAUGACUUCAUCAUGAAAAAAAAAAUUCUUGAACUUUUGGUAAAGAGAUUUCUGGUGUAAAUGUUUUCUCCAUAAACAAACAUAUCACUGCUUUUACAGAGUGCAAAAUAACGAUUAUAACAAAACACACAACAAAAACCAUAAAUUAAAGGGAUUAAAAUAAUAAAAAAAA